AUGGGAUAUUCAGGCCCGUUAAAUACAUUUCCCCAGGAAGAAGCGGCCGUGCGUGCUGGUGUAUUUUCAAUUCCUGUGUACAUCCAUUCCUCACUGACUACUUGGACUUCUAGAAAGGAAAUCUGUGUUUUUUGGCUCAUUACUGACUAUCUUUUCUGUACAGCAUCUGUAUAUAACAUUGUCCUCAUCAGCUAUGAUCGAUACCAGUCGGUCUCAAAUGCUGUGUUGUACAGAGUUCGCCACACUGGCACCUGGAAGAUUGUCACUCAGAUGGUGGCUGUUUGGGUGCUGUCCUUCUUGACAAACGGGCCGAUGAUUCUGAUUUCAGAGUCUUGGAAGCAGAGCACCACCAACACAUGCGAACCCGGAUUUUUUGUCACGUGGUACAUCGCUGUCCUCACGUCGUUACUGGAAUUCCUGGUCCCAGUCUCUCUAGUCGCUUAUUUCAAUGCCCACAUUUACUGGAGCCUGUGGAAGCGAGGGAACCUCAGCAGGUGCCUUAGCCAACCCGGAGUCCCCUCUGCCUCUUCCAGUGAUGACCACGCCCUCGCAUGCAGACAGGGCCGGGGUUCAAGGGUGACCCUUCCGGCACAGAAGCCAGCGGUGGCCUCCCUGAGCCCAGACGUGCCACAAAGAAAGAGCAGUCUCUUGUUUUCCAUUAGAGCCCACAAGAAUAACAGUUUAAUUGCCUCUAAAAUGAGUUUCCUCUCCCAUUCAGAUUCCCUGGCUCUUCAGCAAAAGGAACAUUUUGAACUUCUCAGAGCCAGGAAAUUGGCCAAGUCACUGGCCAUUCUUUUAGGAGCUUUUGCCGUCUGCUGGGCUCCAUACUCACUGACCACAAUUAUUCAUUCGAUAUUUCAAGUACAGAAUUUUGCUAAAUCCACCUGGUACAAAAUUGCCUUUUGGCUCCAGUGGUUCAAUUCCUUUGUUAAUCCCUUUUUGUAUCCAUUGUGUCACAAACGUUUUCAGAAGGCUUUCUUGAAAAUAUUUCAUGUGAGAAGGCAAUCCAUACCAGCACAAAAUCGCUCAGUAUCCUCUUGAAGAUAAUGUUCUCACUUCUGUAAAUUUUAGGCAUAAUCUCCUAAAAGACUUUGACCUGGUUUGCACACUGCUCUUCCCAUUCUACCAAAAAAUCCAUAAAGCUGUAACACCUGAAAAUUAAAAAAAAAAAAAAAAAAAAGAAACCUGGAAGUCAGUGGAAAAUGAACAAGGUCUAGUGAUAAUGUUUUUGUAAAU